AUGACUUUCCUCUUGCAGGAUAAACUUCAGGAGAUCCAUAGUCAGGCUCCUUCUCCCAGCAAAGACUUCCAUCACUUUACCAUCACCAAACCAGAGGUGAUCUGGAGGUCAUGGAGGAUUUCCUUUCAGCCUAAUCAAGAAAAGAUUUUCCCAAAGGAAUUCAAGGACAAGCUCCCAGAUGAUGCAAAACAGGAUUUCCACACAUUUAUCGAGGAGGAGAGCUGUUUACCUGCAGUUUAUUUAGUAUCUAUUCUUUUCUUUUCUUCUUUUUACACAGAGCAAGUGCAGAAUAUCUUUGGUAACAAGAUGCUGGAAUACACGCUGAAUUUGUGUCAGGGAUGUUAUGAUUUCCUAGCUCGCAUGCCUGAUAACCUGAUUCUGCACAUCCUGUCAUUUCUUAACACAGAUGACAUCAGACAGCUGUCAAAAACUUGCAAGAAGCUUCAGCAGUUAUGUAGCCGUGAAGAACUAUGGGAAAGAGUUAGAUGGCUACAAGAUAAACACACUAAUGAGCUGAAGAUUAUGAGGUUCCCAGUUUACAAGAAGCUAACAUACUUCAAUCAAAAGCCCAGUUAUGAGAAGCAGAUGCAGAGAAGACAGACCACAUUCUUUUAA